GUUCAACUGGCCCAACCAUUUUUUUUUGCCUGGUGCUCGUGUGGUGUUAUUUCUCUUGCACAGUAAAGUUGUCUGACUGCUGCUGUUUGUGACAAAAUUAGAGAGCCAUCAAAACCCAUCGAAGACAAUAAGAAGUCGGUUAAAAAACAGAACAAUGUGGGGAUUUUUCCUUGGUGUGCUGGGCUGGGUUGGACUCAGUCCAGUGCCCUUUUUGGCUAAUUUAAUUGGAACUACUGAGCCUGCUUUUAAACUGCUGAUAUCCAUUAUUAUGGGAUACCCAAUUGCUAUUGUGUAUCAUAAAAUAAUAAGAAAAAAGUAUGAUGGUUACCAUAACAUUUAUUUCAUUAUCACUGGCCUGGACAUGGCAUAUUACAAUUUUGGUUAUACAUUAUACCAUAAUUUAAUACCUGCACUUGUAAUGUAUGGAACAACAAAAGUGCUAGGACCUGGCAAAGAAAAUGCAAUAGUAACAUUUGCAUUCAACAUGGGUUACUUGCUCAUUGGAUAUGCACUAACUGAAUCAGAAGAAUAUGAUAUAACCUGGACUAUGCCUCAUUGUGUAUUGACCCUUAAAUUGAUCGCAUUGGCAUUUGAUUUAUGGGAUGGAGCAAAAAUGUUAAAGGGUGAAGAGCUAUCCGAAAAUAACAAGAAAACUGCCUUAGAAAAGUCUCCGACGCUCACUGAGCUUAUUGGGUUUAUAUAUUUUCCGGCUUGUUUCCUGGUGGGACCUAUAUUCUCUUUCAAACGAUACACAGAUUUCAUAAAUGGUAAAUAUCCUUUGGAGAAAGAUGAGAGUGUAUAUGAGAGCCAGGCCAUCACCAGAUUGGUGCAGGGAAUGCUCUACUUGAUCGCUUUCCAAGUUGGAGUUUCGGUGUUCAGCAUGCAGUAUAUGUUAUCGGAUGAAUUUUUGGAAAAUUCAAUAUUUUACCGUCACAUCUACUGUGGGCUGUGGGCACACUUUGCUCUUUAUAAAUAUAUAUCAUGCUGGCUGCUCACUGAAGCAUCCUGCAUUAGAUUUGGGCUGUCAUACAACGGCGUCGCGAAAACACCGGAGGGGCAGCUGGAGUCCAAGUGGGACGGCUGCAACAACAUCAAGCUGCUCCGGUUCGAGAGCGCCACCAAGUUCCAGCACUACAUCGACAGCUUCAACUGUAACACCAACCACUUUGCCGCAGAAUACAUCUACAAACGACUAAAGUUCCUUGGUAAUCGCAACCUCAGCCAAUUUUUUACUCUUUUCUUCUUAGCCCUCUGGCAUGGAACUAGAUCGGGGUACUACAUGACUUUCUUGAAUGAGUUCCUCAUUAUAUUCAUGGAAAAAGGACUCGAGUCCAUUCUUACCAAAACGGAGCUGUAUCACAAAAUGUGGUCUAAUAAUGUCGCCAAAUAUGUACUUUAUGCUAUACUAAAAACUUAUACAAUAGUCUUUAUGGGUUGGAGUUUGGUUCCAUUUGACGUGAAAGUAUUUUCAAAAUGGUGGAGUAUUUAUGCAAGUCUCUACUUCUCAGGGUACUUACUGUUUGUCCCAUGGGGUUUCCUUUACAAGCCUAUGAUGAUCAAACUUGCAAAAUACCUGUCUCGCGAGAAAGUUCAAUAAUUCCUGAUGACUUACACCCUUAUUCCAAGAUGUUAACUCAAACCUCCACUCGACUUAUCCUCAGCUGAGCAUUUUAAGUUGACCAUUCAUCUUACCUGACAUCUCUAUCAACCGAAGGAAUGGAAGAAACGUUUAGUAGCUAAUUAGAGCCAGUGGGCAAUAGUUGACAGACCUAGGUCAAUGUGCACAUUCUCAUUGCGAAGGAACCACGGUGCAC